GACCGGCCGCCAUUUUGUCAGGCGCUCGGAGGCCGAGCGCAGCCCGGAGCUGGGGGUUCGCGGCCGCCUGGGCCGCCCCUGCCGCCCGCCCGCCCCGCGCGGGGCCAGCGCCGCUCGCGCUCCGCUCCCCCCUGGCCUCCCUGCCUGGCAUGUGAGCGGCUCGGGCCCGCUGCUCUCACCCGGCUUGUGCAGGAGCCGCGGCGGUGCCCCCGGCUGGGCCCGGCCCCUCAGCCCCGAGUGCAGGCCCCGCCGCCGCCGCCACCAUGGCGCUGAAGAUGGUGAAGGGCAGCAUCGACCGCAUGUUCGACAAGAACCUGCAGGACCUGGUGCGGGGGAUCCGCAACCACAAGGAGGACGAGGCAAAAUACAUCUCCCAAUGCAUCGAUGAGAUCAAGCAGGAGCUAAAGCAGGAUAACAUUGCAGUGAAAUCAAAUGCAGUCUGCAAACUUACAUAUUUACAGAUGCUGGGCUACGACAUCAGUUGGGCUGCUUUCAAUAUUAUUGAAGUCAUGAGUGCAUCAAAGUUUACAUUCAAAAGAAUUGGUUACCUAGCUGCCUCUCAGUGCUUUCAUGAAGGGACUGAUGUAAUUAUGUUGACUACUAAUCAAAUCCGAAAGGAUCUGAGUAGCCCUAACCAAUAUGAUACUGGAGUUGCACUGACUGGCUUGUCCUGUUUUGUUACUCCAGAUCUUGCCAGGGACUUGGCAAAUGACAUCAUGACACUGAUGUCUCAUACGAAGCCUUAUAUCAGGAAGAAGGCAGUGUUAAUCAUGUACAAAGUUUUCUUGAAAUACCCAGAGUCCCUCCGUCCUGCAUUUCCUCGCCUUAAAGAGAAACUUGAAGAUCCAGAUCCUGGUGUGCAGUCUGCUGCAGUAAAUGUUAUUUGUGAGCUGGCUCGACGCAAUCCCAAGAACUACCUUUCUCUUGCUCCACUCUUUUUCAAGUUGAUGACAUCGUCAACCAAUAAUUGGGUUCUCAUUAAAAUUAUAAAACUGUUUGGUGCUCUUACUCCAUUAGAACCUAGGCUGGGAAAGAAACUAAUUGAGCCUCUGACCAACCUCAUACACAGCACCUCAGCCAUGUCUCUGUUAUAUGAAUGUGUGAACACAGUAAUAGCAGUUUUGAUAUCGCUAUCCUCUGGGAUGCCUAAUCACAGCGCUAGCAUCCAGCUUUGUGUACAGAAGUUAAGAAUAUUGAUAGAAGACUCUGACCAGAACUUGAAAUACCUGGGAUUGUUAGCUAUGUCCAAAAUCCUGAAAACACAUCCUAAGUCAGUUCAGUCUCACAAGGAUCUCAUUCUCCAAUGUUUGGAUGACAAAGAUGAGUCUAUCCGUCUCAGAGCUUUAGAUCUGCUGUAUGGCAUGGUUUCGAAGAAGAACUUGAUGGAGAUAGUGAAGAAAUUGAUGAUUCAUGUGGAUAAAGCGGAAGGGACAACGUACCGGGAUGAGCUGCUGACUAAAAUCAUAGAUAUUUGUAGUCAGUCCAAUUACCAAUAUAUCACGAACUUUGAAUGGUACAUAAGCAUCUUGGUGGAACUGACCCGAUUGGAAGGCACACGACAUGGGCAUCUUAUAGCAGCUCAGAUGUUAGAUGUAGCUAUCAGAGUUAAAGCUAUUCGUAAAUUUGCAGUUUCUCAGAUGGCUAUGCUUUUGGACAACGCUCAUCUCAUAGCCAGCAACACCCAGAGGAAUGGAAUCUGUGAGGUGCUUUAUGCUGCUGCUUGGAUAUGUGGGGAAUUCUCUGAACACCUAGAGGAAGCAAACCAAACUUUAGAAGCAAUGCUGAGGCCUAAAGUUACAACUCUACCAGGCCACAUCCAGGCAGUUUACGUCCAGAACAUGGUGAAGCUCUAUGCAUCUAUCCUACAGCAGAAAGAACAAUCUGGGGAAAAGGAAGCAGCACAGGAAAUUACACAGCUGAUGAUUGAGCGCUUGCCUCAGUUCGUACAGAGUGCAGAUCUAGAAGUUCAGGAGAGGGCUUCUUGUAUUUUGCAACUAAUAAAAUACAUUCAGAAGCUACAAAUAAAAGAAGUGCCUGUAGCUGAGGAAGUAAUUGCACUGUUUGCUGGUGAGCUGAACCCCGUCGCUCCUAAAGCACAGAAGAAAGUCCCAGUUCCAGAGGGCUUGGACCUUGAUGCCUGGAUCAAUGAGCCUCCAUCAGACAGUGAGUCAGAAGAUGAAAAGCCCAAAACAAUUUUUCAUGAUGAGGAACAAAGGCAUUCCAGGCACAGGCAGCCAGAAAUAGAUGAAGAAGAACUGGCCAGACGUCGAGAAGCCCGGAAACAAGAGCAGGCAAACAACCCAUUUUAUAUUAAAAGCUCUCCUUCCCCACAGAAGAUCUGGCAAUGCUCAGAACAUAAAUUUUCAUUUUCCCAGCGAUACCAAGACACUCCAGGUGUGGAACAUAUACCUGUGGUCCAGAUCGACCUCUCUGUCCCCUUAAAAGUUCCAGGAAUGCCUAUGUCUGACCAGUAUGUGAAACUGGAAGAAGAGCGAAGGCAUAAACAGAAACUGGAGAAAGACAAGAAGAAGAAAAAGCAGAAAAAGGAGAAGAGAGGAAAGCAUCAUCGCCAUAACUCUUUGCACACAGAGAGUGAGGAGGAUAUCACUCCGGCUCACCAUGUAGAUAUCAUCACAGAGGAGAUGCCAGAGAAUGCAUUGCCCAGUGAUGAGGAUGACAAAGAUCCCAACGAUCCAUAUAAGGCACUUGAUAUAGAUCUGGAUAAGCCCUUAGCAGACAGUGAGAAGCUGCCAGUGCAGAGACAUAGAAAUGCGGAGACCCUGAAGUCACCAGACUCAGAAGCUCCACCUGUAGAGAAGAGUAAGAAACCCAAAAAGAAGGAAAAGAAACACAGAGAAAAGGAGAGAGACAAAGGAAAGAAGAAAGAGAAGGAGAAAAAGGUAGUAGAGGAAGAAGAGGAGAAAAAGGGGGAAGACUUGGAUUUCUGGCUCUCCACUGCUCCACCACCUGUUUCCACUACACAGCCACAGAGUGGGCCUGAAGUGAGUGCUGCUGUUGUGGCUGAACCUGAAGAGGUAAAAAAGGAAGAAAGGGAAGAGCAGCAGGAGGAAGAUGAAGGAAAGAAAUCCUCCAAGCACAAGAAGAAAAAGCACAAGAAAGAGAAAGAAGAGAAAUCCAAGGAUAAAAAGAAAUCCAAAAAGAAGCAUCACAGUGAGGAGGAAGCAACAGAAUCAGUGCAGAAUGGAACACUAGAUGAUGAACCACUACCACCUAUGUCCAGUUACCGCCUUCUUGCUGAAAAUCCAUGCAUUAAAAUGACGUACGAUAUUCAAGGAAACCUUCAGAAUGAUAGUCAAGUUACUGUCUCUGUUAUCUUUGAAAACAAAAGCACUAGCUUCCUUAAGAGCAUGGAAUUAAAUGUCCUGGACUCUCUCAACACUAAAAUGCUCCGACCGGAAGGAUCAUCAGUACAUGAUGGAAUACCUGUGCCCUUCCAACUACCCCCUGGAAUCUCUAAUGAAGCCCAGUUUGUGUUUACACUUCAGAGUAUUGUUAUGGCUCAGAAGUUAAAAGGAACACUGUCCUUUAUAGUCAAAAAUGAUGAAGGUUCAACCCAUGAAAAACUAGAUUUCAAAUUGCACUUCAGUUGCGCUUCAUACUUGAUCACGACGCCUUGCUAUAGUGAUGCUUUUGCCAAGCUUCUAGAAUCUGGAGAUCUACACAUGAGUUCUAUUAAAGUAGAUGGAAUUAGCAUUUCUUUCCAACAUCUACUGGCAAAGAUCUGUUUUCAUCAUCACUUUUCAGUUGUGGAACGUGUUGAUUCUUGUGCAUCAAUGUACAGUCGUUCUAUCCAAGGUCAUCACGUCUGCCUACUGGUAAAAAAGGGAGAGAACUCUGUAUCCAUAGAUGGGAAAUGUAGUGAUUCUACCCUGCUUAGCAACUUGUUGGAUGAGAUGAAAGAGACAUUGUCCAAGUGUUGAAUAUUCCUUAGAAAAUACUCCAACUGCAAGAAACACACCUAAUGUGUAAAGACAAGCAGACCCAAGUGUUAAAUUUCUCCCUUGUACGCAUGUACUAUCCUGGGGCACGUGCUUUUCAGUUAACUCCACCAUUGUUUGCAGUUUAGACAUUUUAAGGCUGUAUGUUACCUUUUUAUUUCAAAACUUUUUACAAACUGUGGUGUUAACCCUUUCUAGCCCAAAGAGAUCCUGGUGACAUGACUGGAGGAGGGAGGGAGGGGCGCUAUUUAUUCAGCAGUUCAUGAUGAUCCUGUAACCCUUGCCAUCUGCAUGGGAUGGUGGACUAAGCAGAAUUUUAUCGACAGUAGCACAGAGUCUGUUGCUUGUGCUUAUUACCAGGGAAGUUUGAUUUGAUCCUUAGCCAUGGAGUGUCUUCAGGGCUGCCGUAGUUGAUGUAUAUUUCUAGCAGAGGCUGGUGCUGGACCUGAAGGCCUUUUUUUUUUCAUAAAUGUGAUUUAUUAUUAUUAUUUCAAGAUCCGUUGUGAUCAGCAUAUAAACAUCCUCUGUCUCCUAGAGCUAAUCCAAAUGAGCCCUGUUGGAACUGGGGUGUUUGAGUUUCUGUUUAUAGUAGUUGCCUUGAGCCUUAACCUUCUUUUAGUGACAGUUGAAAGAGUAGAGAGUGAGUGCAUAAAACACAAGCUGAAAGUGUUACUGUUUGGUAUCUGCUCCUGUUGACUGUCCCUGCAAAUGGAGUCUCUCCUGCCUCUCACCUCUGAGCAGUCUCUGCUGAUGCGUUUUGAGUCCACUUCAAUUUCACAUUCCUGAAAAGUUAAGGUGUAGCAAGAAACUGGAAAUCCAAAGGGGUCUGGUCCUGCUUUUGUAUCAUUUUGCUCACCAGCUGAGGUUGACCAAUAUCAGGUUAGAGAAAUACCCACGUAUAAUCCCUUGUACUCCAAACAGUUUGCAGGUACAGCCCUGUUCCCUUCCUCUGUGCUGUGAGAUCAGCAACACUGUGCUGUCUCAUCGGUCUCUGUAGCAUCAUCUGGCCCUGCCUUCACAGCAGUGGAAACAAAUAUAGCAGCACAAGUGUAGCUGGGUUCCUGCAACAGAAUGUCCUUGCCUGGGUGGCAGGAGGGGAGGGCUUGGUGAGGAGCGGCGCAGGUCUGUUAGAGGUUACUUCCAAGGGAAGAACGGAAGGGUCUGCGGAGUGAAGCCCAUUCUGCACUAAAUCUUGUGGAAUCACUGACUGGAAAGGGAUGUUGUUCUGUCCUUUGCAGAUGUGCUUAAUCGAUGUCCGUCUCAAAAAUUUUGUUUUUUCAGUUCUUUUACUUGCUGUUCCAUACCCAGCAAGGAGAACGUGCUUGAACGGUUUUGCUUUGAGGCACAAGCCAAAAACUAUUGGUUGCUAUUACCAAAAGGCCCCCAGGGAGGAGUUGGGUUUGUCUGCCCUUCCCCAGCACCACCCCAACAGGAGUCAGCAAUGCCCAGUGGAACUGAACUAAAACCCUAUGUAGGGAGCAGGAUAAAGUGUCGCUCUUAUCCUUAGGGUUAAUGUCUUGUACUUUAAGUGUGUAUUGUGCUCUUUACACUCUUCCCGUAUUAGGGUAUCCUUGAAAAGGCUCUACUGUGGUUUUAUUGCUAGGACCAGCUUUGUAUUCUGACAGCACUUGUGUGCUGCAGGAAUUCAUUUUCCGCAGGCUUCACUGCUGGUGAAGUGUUAGUCUUUGGUAUUGGUCAACCUCCCUUGGUUAGCCAGUUUGUGUAUUAGAAACUGAACAUAUUAAAAUUGUCUUAAAGGAUAAUGUUUCUCAAUUAGUGUUUUUUUUUUUAAUUCAUGGAUGGAAACUGUCACUUUAGCAUGUAGAAUCUUCUCUUACGGAAUCCUGUGCAGUGAUUCUAGAAUUUUGAAACUGUAUGAUGUGUUACAUUCACAAAUUUAUUUGCUAUGAACAUUCCCUUAAAAAAAAAAAAAGAAAAAGAAAACAUACCACAAGCUGCUGUAAUGAUUUUGUGUCAAGAUGAUCCAAUAAACUUUCAAAACA